CGACUCAGACGAUACUUCAUCGCGGCUCGUUGUAACGUUAAAAUGUCGAUAACGAAUUUCAUUUCAAUACAUUCGGCAACCGACUCGGUAGUGCAGAAAACUAUUUAAUGAAUAGCGUAAUUUCUUUUGAAACAACAUUGCUAUCUAAUUGUAUUUUGAUAUUAUAAAAAUUAGUGCAACAACCUCGUUUAAUACUCGAGCAUUUAAGUUUUAUUGUCAUUGUGUCAUUGCACUUAUCACCUCGAGCAAUUUAAAAGUAUGGCACCAAAUAAAGCAGAUACAGUUUGUGACGAACCAGAGAUUACACUAUCGGACAUAAGUGAAAGAGAACUGAAAAAUUUUGAGACUGUGAAGACGGAAAAAUUGAAAUGGUUCUUCUUUCGUGAAGAGUGGACAAUACGAUGGGAGGUAGUCGCUCUGCACACGUUCUUGUAUGCAGUCACUAUCUAUGGUUUGUUGACUUAUCCUUAUUUCCAACGAUACACAACUUUACUAUGGGCAUACUUUGUGUACACCUAUUCGAUGUUUGGGGUCACUGGUGGCAUACAUCGUUACUGGAGUCAUAAAUGCUUCAAAGCUCGCUUACCCCUCAGACUUUUAUUAGCAUUUUGUUAUGUUUCGGCAAAUCAAGUACCAUUCAGGAGCUGGAUUCAGAUUCAUCGAGUGCAUCACAAAUUCACCGAUACCGACGCGGACCCGCACAACAGCAAGCGGGGCUUCUUUUAUUGUCACGUCGGCUGGCUAAUGAUCAAGCGGCCGAAAGAAGUCGUUGAAAAGUUCAAAAAACUCGACAUGACCGAUAUCGACGCCGAUGGCAUCGUCCGAUUUUGCGACAGACAUUUCACCGUACUGAGGAUCCUCGCGUUGUACCUGAGCAUCGCGGUGCCGGUUUAUUGCUGGAACGAGUCUUGGUACUAUUCGUCGCUCGCGCAAUUUAUGCGCUACGUCAUUUCGCUCAACACGACGUUCACCGUCAACAGUUUCGCGCAUAUGUUCGGCUCCAAACCAUACGACAAAAAUAUUCUGCCGGCGGAAAAUCGCUUCGUCGUUUACGCAACACACGGCGAAGGCUGGCAUAAUUAUCAUCACACUUUUCCUUACGAUUAUCGGAGCUCGGAGAUCGGUGGCUCCAAGUUCGAUCUGACGGCUACUUUGAUACGAUUUUUCGAGAGGAUCGGAUGGGCUUACGAUUUAAAAAAACCGUCCGACUCGUUGGUCGAGAAGACGGCGCUCAAUCGAGGGGAUGGAACUCUGCUGAAAUCGUUGAUAAAUUGACUAGGAUAAAAGGAUCAAGUUUAGUUGUUGAAAUAACAGCGAAAAGUUAAUUAUCAACAAUAAAUUAAUUACUCCAUUUUUUUACUUGGCUAAAUGAUACAUAUAUUUUUUAUUUUUUGAGAUUAAAAAUUUAAGUUUUUCAAAUUAAUAGUUGUAGAAACAAACACCCAUCUACUACAUUUUGUAUUUUGUACCAUUACACUUCUAAUCGACGCUCAAUAAGUGAUUUUUUGAGUCUCCGACAGAUGCCCAA